UGUGCGGUGUCAAGGUCGCAUUAUACAUCGGCCGUAGAUAUAUCAAUACAUCAUCGAAAUUCAUAAUUCCGGCACGCGACGCCGUUGCGAGCGGUUGUGACGUCCCUUUACACUCGUGUUUUAAAUUGCCUCAGUCCAUUUUUUUAACACUAGCAGUGAACAACUGGUUGAUAUAAGAUGUUGAAGGGUUUAACAAUUAUCAUCGCUCUGAUUGCGAUUGCAACUUAUGGAUUCAUAAGUUAUCUGCAGCGAUCACCCGAACUACCUGAAAUUGACUACGAGAGGUGGUGGGGCAAUGGACCAAAAGUUGCCGAAGACGGAACGGUUCGACCGUACAAAAUUGAAUUUAACGAUACGAUGAUAGCUGAUUUGAAAUCCAGAUUGAAAAACAGGCGUCCGCUUACAAAACCUUUGGAAGGUAUCAAAUCGGAAUAUGGAAUGAACACGAUAUAUUUGGAGAAGGUUUUAAACUACUGGGUUGAAAAGUAUGAUUUUAAGGAAAGGGCCAACCAAUUGAAUCAGUUGCCACGAUACAAGACACGUAUACAAGGAUUAGAUAUUCAUUCCAUCAGAAUGAAACCAAAAGUGCAAGGUAUGAAAACAUUGCCUCUUCUUGUGUUACAUGGAUGGCCAAGUUCUUCUAAAGAGUUCCAGAAAGUUGUACCUUUGCUAACAACCCCAAGAACUGGACACGAUUUCGUGUUCGAAGUAAUCGCCGCAGAUUUACCCGGCUUUGGUUUCUCUGAGGGCACAAAUAAGCCAGGUCUAUCUGGUCUGCACAUUGGCGUGAUACUGAGGAAUUUGAUGCGACGCCUCGGUUUCAACCAGUUCUACAUACACGCCGGUGAUUGGGGAUCAAAUGUCGCCACUCACAUGAUUACCGUAUUCCCCGAUGAGAUUUUAGGAUACCACUCCACCUUCGCGAUAUCCUUCAGACCUUAUAGUUAUUUGAAACUAUUCCUCGGAUCUUUCGUACCCAACUUCGUAAUGGAUCCGAAGUACGUGAACAGAGUAUACCCCCUGACAGAUCUCAUCCAAUACUUCUUGAGAGAAACCGGAUAUUUGCAUAUACAAUCCACCAAGCCAGAUACCAUCGGCGUUGGCUUAACCGAUUCCCCUGCGGGCUUGGCCGGCUACGUCAUGGAGAAGAUCGGCGUGUGCACAAACAGGGACCAGACGAACACUGACCACGGCGGUCUCGCCGCCUUGGAGCUCGAGGACUUGCUCGAUACCCUCACUAUAUUAUGGAACAAUAACUGCAUCGUCACCUCCUCGAGACUGUACGCCGAGGGCACCACUAAGGAGACCAGAAUUGUUGAUAACAUUCCCACAAAAGUACCCACCGCUAUCGUCAACUUCCGCUACGAAGUCCUGCACCUGCCGGAAUGGAUGCUUCGAGACAAGUUCAACAAUCUAGUUCAUUUCACUUUUUACGAUUACGGCGGCCAUUUUGCCGGCUUAGAAGUACCUAAAGAGCUAGCCGACGACAUAUUCAAAGGGAUGGUAGCAAUUUUAGAGUUUAACAAGAAAAAAUCGAUAAAUUUGUAAAAAAAAAAACUUUUCCUUUUAUAGGUUCUUUGAUGAUUCAAUUUAAGGCAAUCGCCAAUAUCAAAUGAUCAACCAGUGAUUUGUUAUAUCAAAUGUUAUAUAUGUUCAUUUCUAGCACGUUACGACGUAAGGAGAUUUAUGUUAUAACG